GAAGCAAUGUUUGCUAGCUCCUCCAUACUAGUCCAGUCGCCUUGCUUCUAGUGCCACUUCCUCCAACAUCAAUAAUCUCAUGAACCUCAACCCACCCCCAAAAUAACCACAUACAUACUCGAGACCGGCCAGCAUGACUCACGUGCAUGAUAUCAUCUGUAGCACUCCUCCAAAAUUCUCCACUCUCGCACCCAAGGCAGAAUCCUUCUCCCCACAUCCAUCUCACUCUUCGCAGCAUUCAUUCCCGGUUUCCCGCAUCGCACAAUCUUCUUCACGUAGAUAUAUCUCCCGAUUCGCCAUUUCCGCGCAGAAAUCAACAUGCAGCAGUCGCGAAGAGAGGUACCAGAAAUGAGGCUGAGACGGUCAUACCGGUCACCAGCUGUCCGUUUGAGGCAAGCAGGUGGAGCGCUCUUGUGAUCCCUGUUCUCCUAUCCCCGCGCCGCCUCACCGAGUUUGCUGCACCAAGUCCAAGUCACUGCACGCUUGUCGCUUGCAUAUGAUGAUACAUAAAUAUGUUAUCAUCUGGUGAGGGCCCCCCGUAGGCCUCUUCUACAUUACCAAUCUUAUCGGGUUUCUUAUCGGUCUAUUGAUCCUUUGAAAGGAGCCAGGUAGCGUAGCUGCGUAAUGUAAUAAUAAUGCUUGGAAAUCCGGAGGAAAUCCAAAAAAGCGAAUCGACGAAUCGACAAGAAUGGGCUCAGGAUUCCAUCCGUCCAUUAGGCAAAAACGAUCAAAAGUGGCGUAUCAUACGUAGAUAGUUUAAUCCGUGUGCAGUAAUCAAUCCACAGCAUUAUCAAUUUCUCGCCAUUCACUCGAGACCGCUGGCGCGACCGCUCAGCCUUGACUCAUUGACACGAUACAGGGUCAUCAGCAGCGAAUUUUCUUUCGCGAUGAUA